AUGAAAAAAAAUUUUCCAUUCCAUAUAGUAACAAAUAGACCUUGACCAAUCAUUUUAUCAUUUAGGUUAAUAAAUUCAUUAAUUGGAACAGCAAUCUGAAUUUACAGAUCAAAUAUUUUAUUAAUAAUUCUUAAUAUAACUAAUACAGUAGUAAUUAUAAUAUUUUGAUUCCGAGAUAUUAUUCGAGAAAGAACAUUUCAAGGAUUACAUACACUUUAUGUUAUUAAUUUCUUAAAAUUUAGUAUAGUUCUAUUUAUUUUAUCAGAACUAAUAUUUUUUGUUUCUUUUUUUUGAGCCUUUUUUCAUUCAUCAGUAUCCCCAAAUAUUGAAAUUGAUAUAUUAUGACCUCCAAAAGAUAUUAAAUUUUUUGAUCCAAUAGAAAUUCCUUUAUUAAAUUCAUUUAUUUUAGUUUCAUCCGGUAUUGCAAUUACUGUUAGACAUUAUUAUAUAAUUACUAAUAACUUAAAAUUAUCUAAAUUAUAUUUAUUUUUAACUAUUAUAUUAGGUACAUAUUUUAUAAUUAUUCAAUUAAUUGAAUAUGCAAAUUCAUAUUUUUGUUUUAAUGAUAGAGUUUAUGGAUCAAUUUUUUAUAUAGCAACAGGAUUUCAUGGACUUCAUGUAUUAAUUGGAGUAAUUUUCCUUUCUAUAUCAAUUUUACGAAUAUCAAAAAUUCAUUUUUCAAAUAUACAUAAUAUAAAUUAUGAAAUAGCAAUUUGAUAUUGACAUUUUGUAGAUGUAAUUUGAUUAUUCUUAUAUUCAUUUAUUUAUUUAUUAAUUUAA